AUGAAGGCUUCGAGCGUUUUACUUGUGCUGACGGCCCUUGUUGGAGCCACGGUUGCUGGUCCGAUCUCGAUGAGCAACAACAAUAUCGGUGACAUUGUGAAAGUAGAUGUCGACGCAGAAGUUGAUAUAAAAAGUGAAAUUAAUGUCGAAUUGAUAAAUGUGAUUGCGGAACUUUUGCUCGAGUUGCGUGACGUAAAUGUCAACACAUGUGGCGGCUCUUCAUCCUCGUCGGAAUCGGCCUCCUCGUCAGAAUCGGCCUCCUCGUCGGAAUCGGACUCCUCGUCCUCCUCGUCCUCUUCCUCUUCCUCGUCCUCCUCGUCAGAAUCGGAUUCUGAGGGCACCUCUGAGUCUCAGACUUCCGAGGAAAUCACAUCAGAGGAAAUUUCCGAUGAAACGGGAUCGCAAGAGGGUCUGGUACGAGCCCUGGCCGAAUCGAAGCCCAAGGGCUACGAUGCACCCGGUUUGACGCAAAAGCAGAAGGAAAAACUGUGGCAGCAGCAUGUUGAGCAGUUGGUUCAGCGCCACCUGGCCGCUCGGCAGUAAGAGGCGCUCCAGUAAAGUUACAGAACCGCCGAAGUGUUGAUAUGAUUCAUACAAUAAAAUUGUUCUGCAGAACCUAAUUCAGG